CACGUGGCGCCCAUCAUGGCGGCGCCCAUGGCGGCGGCGAGCGGCGGCUCCGUGACGCGGCGGCUGCUCCGGGGCGUCUCCCGCAGCCUCAGCAGCGGCGGCGCCCCCGCCGAGGAGCCCGAGGCCGCCGUGGUUAACGUCGUCUUCGUGGACCGGGAGGGGCGGCAGGUGCCGGUGCGCGGCAGAGUCGGUGACAACGUGCUGCACCUGGCGCAGCGGCACGGGCUGGAGCUGGAGGGCGCCUGCGAGGCCUCGCUGGCCUGUUCCACCUGCCACGUUUACAUCAGCGAGCCGCACCUGGGGCGGCUCCCGGCGCCGGACGAGCGGGAGGAGGACCUGCUGGACCAGGCGCCGCUGCUGCAGGAGAACUCGCGGCUCGGCUGCCAGCUCCGGCUGAGCCCCGCGCUGGAGGGGGCGCGCAUCGCCCUGCCCCGCCUCACCCGCAACUUCUACGUGGACGGGCACGUCCCCAAACCACACUGACCCCAGAAACCCCGGGGGGAGCCCCAAAAACCCCACUGAGCCCCGGAGGGAACCCCCAAACCCACUGAGCCCAAACAAACCCCACUGACCCCAGAAACCCCAAUUAGCCCAAACCCCACUGACCCAAAACCCUACUGAGCCAAAACCUCACUGACCCGGGAGGGCACGACCCCAAACCACACUGACACCCCGGGGGGACCCCAAAAACCCACCGACCCCGGGGCAAAGCCCUAAAACCCACUGACCUCGGGGGGACCCCAAAAACCCCACUGACCCCAAACCCCACUGACCCUGAGGGACGAUCACCGAACCCCAGGGGCACCCCUGAAACCCACUGACCCCGAGGGGACACCCCAAAAACCCACUGACCCCAAACCCCACUGACCCCUGGGAGCAAACCCCCGGACCCCCCGAACCCCCCAGGGAAGGGGAACCCCCCCAAAAAAUAAAUUAUUCCCCCUCAUCCAAGGCCACCCUCACAUUUCGGCACUCGUACCCAAACUGCCCCCCAAGGAGGGGGGGUCCAGUCCCAGGGGGGUGACAGAAUGACAACUCCCCCCCCUGAAAAAAAAUAUCCCCGGGGUUCUGGAUUUGGGAUAACGAGCGUUGGCUCGUUAAUUAAUCGAUUACUAA